AAGAACGCACGGUUGUUUGUUUGCUCGUAGUUAGGUACCUAUUCCCCGAUAUUACAUCUGGCGACGUGGCGCGGUAACAUACGACGAAUCCACCAAAAUGAGUGCUUAUAUCGGAUCAUUAGGGAGUUUUGAUUAUAAAAAUCAAGAAUGGGCAGUGUACUACGGCAGACUGAUGAUGUUUAUAAAACUGAAUGACAUCAAAAGUGAAAAACAAAGUGCGGUGUUGUUAACUAAUUUAUCGGAUGAUUCAUAUCGUUUGGUUAGCAAUUUAUUGCAUCCGAAGAAGAUUGAGGAAGCAACGUUCAGCGAGCUAGUGAAUGAACUCAAUGCUCAUUUCACGCCGAGGAGAUCAACGUUUGCCGAUCGUAGUAAGUUUUACGAGGCGGUGAAGAUGGACGGUGAGAGUGCAGAGGAAUGGGCGGCACGGUUGCGAGGGAUGGCUGUGCACUGUGGAUUCGGUUCUGAACUGAAUGUUUUACUGCGCGACCGGUUCGUUUUAGGCUUUAGAUCAGGCCCGGAGCGUGACCGGCUUUGCGAACAAGAUUUAGCAACGCUAACGUUCGCGAAGGCGCUAGAAAUAGCACAGCAGGCAGCCUGUGCGCGACAAGCACGCAAUAAUAACACUACAAUGUCUGUUAGCGUAAAGGAGGAGCCGAUAUUUAAGAGCAACAUGGCUCGAGCCGGCGCCGCGCGCAGCAUGCGCGAUGGCCGCCCGCCCGCCGCCGGCGCCUGCACUGUAUGCGGAAUGAAGAACCACGUAGCGGAGAAAUGCCGCUAUAAGAAUUACAGGUGCAAUAAAUGCAACAAUAAGGGUCAUCUUAAGAAAGUUUGCCAGUUGAACAUAAAUAAUAUUGCAACGUAUGUAGAAGGAGGGUCGCAGGCGCAGCGUGAACGGGAGGACAACCACGAAUGCGAGGAAUGUCAGCUGUUCAAUAUGAGGUUCGAUUGCUAAGAGGAGAGGAGUGUUGUAUAUUGUACAAGCCGCGGC